AUGGACGAACUGACGGUGGAGGUUCGCGGCUCCAAUGGAGCUUAUUAUAAGGGCUUCGUCAAAGACGUCCAUGAGGACUCGCUCACCAUCUCCUUCGAGAACAACUGGCAGCCUGAGAGACAAGUGCCGUUCAGCGACGUGCGUCUGCCCCCGCCCUCCGACGCCAAGAAGGAGAUCGGCGAAGCAGACGAGGUGGAGAUCCUCUCGAAAGCGAACGAACAGGAGCCGUGUGGGUGGUGGCUCGCUAAAGUACGAAUGCUAAAGGGAGACUUCUUCGUGAUCGAGUACGCCGCCUGCGACGCUACGUACAACGAGAUCGUCACCUUCGAGCGCCUCCGCCCGGUAAACGUCAACAAGCCCGUGAUGAAAGACACCUUCCACCAGUGCACCGUGCCCGUCCCCGAGGACCUGAAGUCUGCAUGUUUAAGCGAAGAGGCACACAAGGACUUCCGGAAGGCUGUUGGGGCCAGCAGGAUCGUCUUCAACCCAGAAACCUGUGAGCUGGUCGUACUGUCAGUGAGUGAGGUGACGGUGAAGAGAGUGACGCUGCUGAGCGACAUGCACUUACGGAGCCUCCGCACCAAACUCAUGCUCGUGUACAGGAACGAGGAGGCCACCAAGCACCUGGAGAACACGAAGCAGCUGGCGUCCGCCUUCCAGGACGAGUUCACAGUGAGAGCCGACCUGAUGGGUCUCGCUAUCGGCACCCACGGUACGAACAUCCAGCAGGCCAGGAAGGUGCCGGGAGUCACGGCCAUCGAGCUGGAUGAGGGGAGUGGUACUUUCAGGAUUUACGGAGAGACUGAAGAGGCCGUCCAGAAAGCCAGGAGUUUCUUAGAGUUUCUGGAAGAGUCUGUACAGAUUCCCAGAAAUCUAGUCGGUAAAGUUAUCGGCAAGAACGGGAAGGUCAUCCAGGAGAUCGUGGAUAAAUCGGGAGUGGUCCGGGUGCGCAUCGAAGGGGACAACGAUAACAACCUGCCCAGGCAAGAGGGAAUGGUGCCGUUUACGUUUGUUGGCACGAAGGAGAACAUCGGAAACGUGCAAGUCCUGCUGGAGUACCACAUCGCGUACCUCAACGAGGUGGAGCAGUUGAGGCUGGAGCGUCUGCACAUCGAGGAUCAGCUCCGUCAGAUCGGUAUGGGGUUCCGCCCCGUCUCCUCGCGCCCUGCGGAGAAGGACAAGGAGAAGACCCACGGGACGGACAAGACCGCGCCCGCCGGCCCUCCUCACUCGGGCCGCUCUUAUCUGGGCCGGGGCCGAGCACGCAGGGGCCACGGCCACAACUACGCCUACGGAACGAACUCUGAGCACUCGAACACGUCGGAGACGGACUCCGAGCGGCGGGACGAGCUGAGCGACUUCUCUCUAGGGGGGGACGAGGACGGGCGUGGCGCCUCGCAGCACAGGGACAACAGGAGGAGAGCAGCAGGGGUCAGGGGCCGAGGAGCAUCGGGGACGAGAGGCCGCGGGGCCGCUAGGGGGCCGAGCAGCACCAUGAGCUCAGUUCUGAAGGACCCGGAUCGGAACCCGUACAGCAUUUUGGAAAACUCCGAGUCGGACCUGAACGCCGAUCUGGAGCUGAGCGAGAGCGAGCCGAGCUUGAGGAGCCGCCGCGCACGCCGUCGACGCCCAGACGCCGACGAUACCACAUCACACAGCGAGAACGGCAUGGACGAGCCCGAAAUGAAACCGCAGCGGAGGAACCGCAGCACCCGACGCCGCUUCCGGCCCCCGGAGGACAGGCAGCCAGUGACUGUGGCUGAUUACAUAUCACGGGCUGAAUCUCACAGCCGGCAGAAAUCACCACGAGACGCCAGGAGGAAUAAAAAAGAGCUGGGUCAGCCGGACGCCAUAGCCGAGCACGACGGCCCCAAAGCGCUCAGCAACGGCCCCGACGCCAAACCGCUCGAGCAGAAGACGACGGCGGCGCAGGCGUCCGGGGAAUCCUCCCCGAGGGCGCCCCCCGGCGGUAAACCCGACACGGACGCGCCCACGGCCGUCAACGGCCUCUCCUAAACGCUCGGCUCACUUUUACACCGGUCGCGACUUUUACAUUUUUACAAUAGCGCUUCUACAAGCUCGCCAAAGACACACACACACACACACACACACACACACACACACACACGAACUUCCAGAUUCUCCUCUGCUUCACUCUUCUGUUUUAUUUAGUUUGUUUCAGCGUGGAGCAGAGCAGGUAGGAGCCGAGAACGCUAUACGUUUAUAAAUAAUAAUGAAAAGUCGAGCCCUGAAGUACAGACGAGUCCAGACGGGUCAUGUGAUCCGGAUAUUAAACUUCACCGUGUGAUUCGGGUCGCCGCGGUCGCUUCUGUUUGGCUUUUUAUUUCGUUUUCUGUCACUUUAUUCGUUGCUAAUUUCCCGCCCGCUGGCCGAGUCUUCCAUGCUGCAGGACCGCGAUCGAUUACAGGGCUAACACCUGCUUCCUCUCUUCAGCCAGCGGGCCACGCUCGGAGGGGAGCACUACCUUACUAACUUUAUUUACAUUUACAUUCUCGGCAUUUAGCGACUUACAGUACUGUGACAGUAUA